CUGCCACCAGCGACGCUCUGUGACCCACUCUGUCUGCCCCCAAACGACCCGAUGAGUCUCGUGCGCGGCAGGGACAGCUUUGUCAAGCUCUUGUGUGUCUGUCAGUGCCAGCUCGGUGUCCCUCGAACGACCAUCAUACGCACCUCCAAACGUCGGCUCCUCGCACGCCAGCAUGCCUCCUUUCAGACACCUGCCCUUGCUAUCCGAGCGAGUCUGACCACGUCUGCACAAGCGCUCAAGUCCAAGGGCAAGGGAAAGAGCAAGGGCAAGACGGCCGCCAACAUCGACACCGCAGAGAUGGGCGACACCUCCCUGCCGUCAGAGAGCUUUCACAUGGAUGAGCACGAAAAGGCAAUGCGCAAUGCGAUCGACAGGCUCCGGGUAGCACUCAAGUCAACGGUCGAUAGGGUAGGAAGAGUCAACCCGAGCAUCCUGUCCAGUGUCAAGGUCGAGCUGCCUAUCGACAUCGACGGGCGCGUCGAGAAGCGGCAACAGCCUCUGCUCGACCUCGCGCUCGUCAAAGUCAAGGACGCCGUCACGCUCCUCGUGUCAGCUUUUGAUCCUGAUAACCUCAAAGAGAUUGAGCGCGCUAUUGGCAUCGCGAAUCUGGGCUUGACGCCCAACCGGAUUGACAAGCAGACGCUGUCGAUAUCAGUGCCAAAGCCGACAGUCGAGUCCCGUCAGGUGCUUUCACGGCAGGCCCAAACGCUCUGUGAGCAUGCGCGGACGAGCAUACGUACCAGUCGCAACCUCGGUAUGAAAGAGAUCAGAUCUGAUCAGGACCGCAAAGUCAUUGGAGAAGACGAAUCUCGCAAGCAAGGCAAAAAACUCGACGAACUCAGCCGUAGGCACACGAAGGAGGUCGAUGACAUCUUUGAUGCCGCUAGCAAGAUCAUAUUAGACAAAUAGUCCAUUGCAUACCAUCCUGUCUAUGCUACGCG